UGCGGAGCCCCCAGGUAGCUGCCUGAGCGUGCCAGCGUGGGUGUGCUCCUGCCCUAGAAGGGGUGAUCCUCCAGUCUGCCUGGCCGCACUCAGCAGGAUGGACCUCGCCCCAGUUUGGCCGCCCGGGCGGAGAGGACAGUGCGGACCCCGGGCACGAUGGAAGGGACGACCGUGGAGGACGUCUGAGGACCCAGCUGAGAAAGACAGCCGCUUGCCAUCGUCAUUGCCCUCCCCGUUCAGCAGCGGGGGAAGCCGAGGCAGAAAACACUCUGCCCUCCCCCGAGAGAUGAGCGGAGGUCAGCGCAAGGAGGGAGCGACCUCAGGGCUCCCAGCAGCCCCCGGCUUGGAGUCCGUGACAUUCCAGGAUGUGACUGUAGACUUUACCCAGAGGGAAUGGAGGCAGCUGACCCACGCCCAGAAGAACCUGUACCGGGAGGUCAUGCUGGAGAACUAUGAGAACUUUGUCUCCCUGGGGCUUCCGGUUUCCAAGCCAGAGCUGAUCUCCCAGCUGGAGUGUGGGGGAGGCCCGUGGAUGCCGUUGGAGGAAGAGCCAAGAAGCCCCCAUGCAGAUUCGGAGACUCAGUCAGAGACCAAGAAAACAAUCCCUAUACAGUGCAUUUCCUUGAAAGACACAUCCCAGGAAAGACUCACAAAGGGUGGUCCCUGGGACUGUAAAUUUGGAGAAGUUGGAAAUUGUAAAAACAACUCUGACAGGCAUAAAGCUAAUAACCAGGCAACAGAUCUGAUACAAGGAAGUCAGGAUAAAAAUUUUCAUAAGGCCAGAGGCCAUAAAGGGAAUCAGUUUGUGAAAAGUUUCGAUCAGAAGUCAAUCCUUGAUACACAAAACAAUGUUUCUUUAGAAAAGGGUCUUUCUAAGUAUGAUACACAUAGAAAUAACUUCAGAUUUUCUUCAGACCUGAGUGAUCACAAUGGAAUCUCCUCAGGAAAGAAAUCUCAUAAGGAUGACAGAUGUAGUAAAGCCCUCAGUGACCCCGCAGACCUUAAUAGAGAUCCAGGAAGAGCUGCUAAAGAGAAAUCCUAUACAUGGACUGAAUUCGGCAAUGCUUCCCACCAGAGGCGACACCUUACUCAAUGUCAUAGAAGUCAUUCUUCUGGAAAACUGUGUACCUGUAGAGAUUGUGGGAAAACCUUCAGCCAGAUCACACACCUUAUUCAGCAUCAGGGAAUUCAUGAUGGGGAGAGACCCUAUAAAUGUAGUGACUGUGGAAAAGCCUUCACCAAUAGUUCAUCACUUAUUCUACAUCACAUAAUUCAUAGUGGAGAGAAACCCUAUGAAUGUCAUGAAUGUAGGAAGCUCUUCAGCAAUCGAACAGGACUAUUUGUACAUCUGCGAAUUCAUACUGGAGAGAAACCCUUUCAGUGUAACAUAUGUAAAAAAGCCUUCAGCCAGAAAGGGGACCUUUCUCGACACCAGAAAGUUCAUACAGGAGAGAAACCUUACAAGUGUAAUGUAUGUGAAAAAGCUUUUAGCCAGCAAGGACAUCUUACUGCACAUCAGCGAAUUCAUAAUGGAGAAAAACCCUAUAAAUGUAAUGAAUGUGGAAAAGCAUUCAGCAAUAGCUCAUCCCUUAUUCUGCAUCACAGAAUUCAUAGUGGAGAGAAACCCUAUGAAUGUCAUGAAUGUGGGAAGCCUUUCAGUAAUCAUGCAGGCCUCAUUGUACAUCAAAGAAUUCAUACUGGUGAGAAACCCUAUAAAUGUAAUGUAUGUGAAAAAGCCUUCAGCCAGAAGGGUCAUCUUUCUGAACAUCAGAGAAUUCAUACUAGAGAGAAACCGUAUAAUUGCAAUAUAUGCAAGAAGGCCUUUAGCCAGAGGGGAGACCUUUUUCGACAUCAAAAAAUUCAUAAUGGAGAGAAGCCUUAUGAUUGCAGUGAAUGUGGAAAAGCUUUCAGUCAGAAGGGAGACCUUACUAAACAUCAAAGAAUUCAUAGUGGUGAGAAACCUUAUAAAUGUAACAAAUGUGGUAAAGCCUUUAGCAUCAGCUCACAGCUCAAUAUGCAUGAAAGAAUUCACACUGGAGAGAAGCCCUAUAAAUGUAAUCUAUGUGCAAAAGCCUUCAUCCAGAAAGGACGUCUUACUGAACAUUACAGAAUUCAUAAUGGAGAAAAACCUCAUAAAUGUACUGAAUGUGGAAAGGCCUUCAGCCAGAUUACGUACCUUAGUCGGCAUGAGAGAAUUCAUACUGGAGAGAAACCAUAUAAAUGCAGCGAAUGUGAGAAAGCCUUCAGCAAUAGCUCUGCACUCAAUGUACAUCAGAAAAUUCAUACUGGUGUGAAAUCCCAUGUAUGUCUUGAGUGUGGGAAGGCCUUCCUCCAAGGUAUAGGCCUUAGUUUACAUCAGAGAAUUCAUACUGGAGAAAAACCAUAUAAAUGUGACAUAUGUGAAAAAGCCUUCAGCCAGCGGGGAGACCUUUCUCGACACCAGAAAAUUCAUAAUGGAGAGAAACCCUAUAAAUGCAGUGAUUGUGGAAAAGCUUUCACCCAGAGGGGACACCUUACUGAACACCAGAGAGUCCAUAGUGGGGAGAAACCAUAUAAAUGUAAAGAUUGUGGUAAAGCCUUUAGCAACAGCUCACAGGUCACUCUUCAUUACAGAAUACAUACGGGAGAGAAACCUUAUAAAUGUAAUGAAUGUGGACAGGCCUUUAGUCGUCCAGGGAGCCUCAGUGAACACCAGAAAAUUCAUUCUGUAGAGAAACCUUAUAAAUGUAGUGAAUGUGGAAAAGCCUUCAGCCGCAAUUUGUACCUUAGCCGUCAUCAAACGGUUCAUACCGGGGAAAAGUGCUAUCCAUGUAAUGAAUGUAGUAAAGCCUUCCGAAAUGGCCAUUGUCUUACUCUACAUCAGAGAAUUCAUAGUGGAGAAAAACCCUAUCAGUGUAGUGAAUGUGGAAAAGCUUUUGGCAGGAAACUAUACCUAACUCAACAUCAGAGAAUACAUAGUGGUGAGAAACCUUAUGAAUGUACUACAUGUGGUAAGGCCUUCACUCGGUGUACGACACUUAUUCAGCAUCAGAAAAUUCAUACUAGAAACAAACCCUAGAAAUUUAAAGUAGACGUGUACUCCCAGACAUUAAAACGUAUUAUAAACUUCUUUUAAUCAGAAUAUUCUAGUACUGGCAGGAGGGUAAGGAGACAGAAUAGGGAUACCAUCUAUCUAACAAAACAGAGACAAAAUGUUAAUGUUUUAUAAAGUUAUAAAAAAUACAAACUAGCAAAAGAAGUAUUUAACAAAUUUGCUUGGGAAAAUUGGUUAUCAAUAUGGCAGAAAAUGGAUUUAGAACCAUAUCUCAUAACACAUACCUCAGGAUUCCCCCUGAUUUGUAGCCUCAUAUAUGUGUAAAAUGAACUAAAAAGGCAAGGGAGGGGAGAGAAAAUGUGGUUAUGCAGUUAUUUCAAUUGUACAAUUAAGAAAAUGUACUAAAGAAUUUGGAGGAAUUAGAAGGGUCAAGCUAAGAUGUAUUUAAGGACAAAAAAAGGAAAAGUAUGAAAGUCAUAUAACCAAAAUAAAAGAGCAGUUGUAAAAAGUGUUGAUAUCAAAUAUGAUAAAUAUGAAAAGAAUUACUAAAAAUUUACAAAGGUAGCUUUUAGUCCACCAUGGGGAAAUGGUCAAUGGGUAUGAAGAGAUCAUUUUCAAAUGAGGAAAUAAAUUGCUAAUACCAUAGAAAGUGUUGAGUCUCAAUCAAAAUUAUAUACAUUGAAGUAUCAUUGAGAUACUUAUCAAAUUAUCAAAAAAAUUAUUAGAAACAAUGCUUGUGGAACCGAAGAGAGAUAUUGGUGGUAGAAAGUUGCUUUUUAGAAAAUAGUUUCUCGGUACACAGUAAAUGUCACAACAACAAAAAAAAACCACUUUUGUUGAUCAUUGCAUUGUUAACUAUAUACCCUAAAAGUGUUAGCAAAAACAAAACAGAGCUAUCUGGUCUAUGAUUUUAAUAUUUCAUAUUCAUUUAUAAUAAAAAGAACUGAAGGCAAGUACCUGAAGUAUCUAGCAGUAGAGUGUUAAAUUGUGAAACAUUCAUACAAUGAAAUCCCAUUAUGUAAUUAAAAUAGGCAACUUUGAGGAAUAUGAUGAUAUUUAGAUGAGGGUCUUUGUGACAAAGUACAAAGUUUAACAACAACAAACAAAAUAAAGGUCACCAUGGCUACUACCAUGUAAGAGUGAUUGAAAUGAAAGGACAAGAAUGUAAGAGAGACUUGUGGAGUAACUGAAAACUUAUUGGACUUGUGCAUAUUCAGAUUCUUUCCAUGUAAAUGUCUGUGUAGUAUCACUGUUCUGUAAGAAGUGAUAAAUAUGCUGAAUACGGAGGUGCAUGUGAAAACUUAAAUGAACCGAUACAAAGUUAACUAAACAGAACUGGGAAAAGCACAGCUUCACAAUAACUACAACAAUGGAAAUGGAAAUAACCCAACAGCAAAAUGAUAAAAAAUAAAUAAAUAAAUAAGGCUGUGAAAUUAUAAUGACUAAGCUUGGCUCCAAAGAAGUGAUUUGAAACUCAUAUACGCUUUCUCAUACAUUGCCAUGAUGGAAAUCUGUGAUAAAGAGAAACUGAGGCAAAAAGUUCUGCACACAAUCAAUUUAUUAGCAAAGCUAACAGUUGCCAAUAAGGGAGGUCAGUGGCUCCUCAGUAGCCAUAGACAAAUGGGUUUUACAGAGCUUAUUUUUAUAAUCAUAAAAAAGGAAUGGAAAAAUUAUAGAUUCUUGGGAAACCUGAUUGAAUUCUGAUUGGAUGGCACCUGACACUUGAAUUGAGGUUAAGCUAGGUACAUCCUGGAACGAUCUGAGACUAGCGAGGCAGUGUGGCCCAUCUGGUUACAGUUUUACAUCAGCCAGUCUUGAUAUCAUGGGAUUAUUGUGCUAACUCAGAAGUGAUGUUCCUUGCAGUAAGCACAAAUGAGAGUGCUAACUUAGCCAACUACAAAAGGAAACUUGGACCUCUGUGAAAUGGGGAAAUGUUCAUUCCAGCUCAGUUCUGCAGGAGCUGAGCUCAACUGCUCAGCUCUACCAAAAUGAGGAACUCAAUCUCUGACUACAAUGAUUAUAUAUCUCUUAAUCUAAAAGCUAUCUCAGUCUUAUAUGUUAAAUCAGCAGGAUAAUCAAUAUUGACUUAAUUAAGGAUUAUUUCUUUCAACACACCCACCACUUUGAAGAGUUGGGGUAGUAUGGGUGUGACAUAGUGUAUAUCAAAUCUGGUGGGUUUUGAUAAUGUUGGUUGGUUUUGCUGAAUUGUUUCUUUUUCCUUUUCUCUUUGUUAUAAGGGGUGACUCUCUGGGAACAGUUCAGGGAAGGAAACAUUGGAAAAUGUAAGUGAUAUAAAUGCAAACUAUCAAUAAAAUUAUUUUAAAAUUAAA